AUGUAUCACUACUGCGAGACUCGAUCGUUUGAGAGUAGUCUGUUACGCGGAUCGAGAAAAACCAUGACAAAUCAGCAACGAAACCGGAUGCUAAUCAAUCACAUCCUUCUCUGUUUGUUAACCGAUGAAAAUCAGCCACUGAUGGGACUGCACUCGUUUGUGAUGCCAUUGCGCGCCAGUCACUUUCAUGCGGAUGAACUGAAAACCAUUGUGAUUUUGGGCAAUCGAGCCUAUUUGGCUCGUGAAUGGCCCAGUAUUGCGAAUUUUCCCAACGUUUUCUGUCUCCCGGGAAGUCCUCUAUCUCGCGCGGAUCUACGCACUGCCCGUAUUCGUUUCGCCUCCGUUUGUGUGAUUCUCGGUUCUCGCGGGGAGGUUCAAACAGAUGAUCCGUACAUGUUAGACAAAGAAGUUAUUCUAUGCUCACUCAAUAUACGUGGAAUGCGUUUCCCACCGGUGAAUUCCAAAACAUUACAGGCCAAAGCUCCGAUGCGUCGUCUGGGCACCGAGAUCCCGUUAAUAACGGAGCUUGUCACCGAUGCGAACAUUCACUAUUUGGAUCCCGAAGAUGUGGACACCGGAGCGACCGAUAUACCGGCUUCACUCACCGCGGCGUUUGCCCGAGGUAUUGCAUUUACAACCUCUGUGCUCGAUGUACUUGCCAGUACAGCCUAUUUCAAUUGUAACGCAAUGACAUUAAUUCGUCAUCUGAUCACGGGUGGAGUGACUCCAGCAUUGGAACAGUGGUUAGCCGAGGGGGGCGGAUUAAAUUGUUUUGAUCGUUAUGAUGAAGAGCCCACAAGUAGUCAGAGUGAAGGUCAGACUGAAGCUUCGGCACCAAUUAGUCGAUUCAGAAGUCGAAGCAGUUGUCAUUUGUUGCGGUCCGGUCAGGACGCAGGAAUGCUUGAAACUAGACAACGACCUCGAAUGGGACAAUUGUCUGUGCUGGAUGCACGCCUACGCCCUUUGGUGACCACAGACAAUUACAUAUUUCCCACAUUUGGUUCUUUGUUUUGUCACGCCAUUCGAGAGCGGGGGAUUUUGUGUUUGGGUAUCUAUCGAAGUGCUCAUUCUGACUCUGGUGAAUCAAAUAGUGGAUUUCGAAAGUUAACCAAAACAAGUUCCGUAGAUGAGGCACUGCUAAGUGAACGCAACCGACUGAAAGUGAAUAAACCGUGGAAAGAGAGACGUUUGAGCACAUGUGCGCAGUCGAUCGAUCGGAUGAUUCGACGCUAUUCCCUUCGAAUGCAUCGUGAAAUGAGCCUGUGUCAACCGACUGCCUCAACUUCUCAACCCACACGUCAACCGGCAUUUCUGGCACAUUUUUCCGAUGUUACUGAUCGAUACGUGAUUACUAAUCCACCGAAUGAUUUUCCGCUUAAACAAUCCGAUCUCGUUUUCUGUCUGUGUCCGUUUGAACAGCGGGAAACCGAAGAAUCGUGA